GUUGGCAUGCAUAGAAACACCCGUACAACCUUGAUCCACAGUCAAUAUUUGUGGAUUCCAAUACAUGUGCUCCCCGCUUCUCCAUCAAUCUAGUCCGUUACCCAUUUACAGAAAAGUGUGAAGUUCUUGUCUCCAUCUCCCAUCAGAGAUCUUUGAAAAAUGAAAACACCUGCACUGAGCAAUUUGAUGACAAUUACAGGCACUUGGGAUUAAAAGUAGUAUAUACAGUGAUCCAGUGGGCCCGCAAUCUGCUCACUAUUUCCAAGAAGUUUGAAAAAUGCUUUUCUUGCAAUUCUAGGUGAAAGAAAUUGUAAUUUUUGUCAAACCUAAAAAUUGUGUUUUAACCAGUAGAUGAUCUGUAUUUGUGAGUUUGUUGAGUGCCUGCUUAUUAAUCUUGAGGUCGACAGUUCGAAACUAAUCAUUGAGUUUAUUGAAGAAAAUUGUGGAGCUAUAAUAAUUGCUUACCUGAGCACCUGAGGUGAUCUCUUAAUCAUGUUGCUAAAUUACUAAUUCCACUCUUAAAAUGAAAAAUAAGGAAAUUAUUUUUAGGGCCUAUCACGGUGAAGUAGCUAUCGUUGUAAAUAUCUAUGUCAGCUGACAGGGCCAACAGGUUGUCCUCACUUAGUCAAACGGCCUGAGAGAGGAUAGCGACAACGGGAAGACGGUUGGAAUUCCCGGUUUUAAAGGGAUUAGAAACCCUAGUGCAAUUCUCAAUUGUUUGUCUCGCAGAUUUCCACUGUUAAUGGUAGUUGUGUCUAAUUUCUUGAACAAUUUAUUUCUGUGCGUUGGAAUUUGUUGGGAUGUGGGAAUUAAGCUUUCUUUCUAGGCAAAAUUUCUCAAUUUUGUUUCCAAGGCGGCUUAAAAUGUUAGGCUUCGGCGCCUGAUUAUGCCAAAUUGUAUUGAGAUUGAGGUGUUGAGCGUAAUCUGACAGAGCGAGGAAGAUGAACGAGCCUCUGUUACCAGCAGGAUACGUUCCGAGCCCGAGGCGCAGGGCUUCUAUCACGGAAAGUUUGCUUCGCAGUCUGCCGGAAGAUGAGCAGGUAGAUAUUCCUGUUGCUCCUUCUUCACUGCCUGAUAUUUUCGCUGCGGGAGCCUUUAAGGAGAGAAUCAUAUUCGGCAACGUUGAUGAUGAGCCGCCAGAUUUGUUAAGAAGCCCGAGGUUUGCAACUCCCAGAAUUCGAAUCCCCGACGAUGGCGGUGACUUAGGCAGGGAAGAAGAGGACAUCUCCGCUCGUCAUGUUAUUGAAAAUAUUGAUUGUAGGGCGGAGCCUGGUGGACGCGAGGGGGUUUAUAACAACACUAACAAUAUAUUACAGUAUAGUGAGGAAAUUUUAGGUUUAAACCCAGGGAAGAGGAGGAGUUUGCAUAGGUCGAGGACUGCCCCUGCCAUGUGGAAUGCAUCCAAGGUGAAACAGAGUCUUCAGAGGCCCGAGACAGAUUCGGCCGCUUCCAUUGCAAGGCAGGCUGUUAUUUAUCUGAUUCUUUAUCUUUCUGUGGGUGUUUUCAUUUAUUCCUUCAACAAGGACAAAUUCUCAGGAAAUGAGACUAAUGCCAUUGUCGAUGCGUUGUAUUUCUGCAUAGUGACAAUGUGCACCAUUGGUUAUGGGGACAUUACUCCGAUGACUACUUCUACGAAGCUCUUUUCGUGUUUUUUUGUGCUGGUGGGAUUUGGGUUUAUUGACAUCUUGUUGGGGGGAAUGGUGACAUAUGUUUUGGACAAGCAGGAGAAUCUUUUGCUUCACACUGUGGAGGGCAGCCGCCAUGAUCUUGCCAAGACAUAUAUUGUGGAUGUUAAAAAAGGUAGAAUGCGGAUUCGGAUGAAGGUCGCACUUGCUCUUGGAGUAGUCAUUCUGUGCAUUGGGGUUGGAACCACGGUGAUGCACUUUUCGGAAAAUUUAGGGUGGACCGAUUCUUUUUACCUUUCGGUGAUGUCGGUAACCACAGUUGGGUAUGGAGAUCACGCUUUCAAGACAUUGCCGGGGCGGUUGUUUGCAUCUAUUUGGCUUCUUGUGAGCACUCUUGCUGUUGCGCGUGCUUUUCUCUACUUUGCAGAGGCGAGGAUUGAUAAGCGACACCGCUUGAUUGCAAAAUGGGUGCUGCAUAGAGACAUGACCAUUGAGGAUUUAGUGGCCGCUGAUAUUGACAACAAUGGUUUUGUCAGUAAAUCAGAGUAUGUGAUAUACAAGCUGAAAGAGAUGGGGAAAGUGGAAGAGAAGGAUAUUGUUGAAAUUGUAAAGCAAUUCAAUCGCUUAGAUACUGAUAAUUGUGGAAAGAUCACUUUAUCACUUCUAAGCAGUCAUUGAGCUAGAAUAUCUUUCAUUCUACAGAAUUAUGAAGUAAAUCAGAGUAUGUGAUAUACAAGCUGAAAGAGAUGGGGAAAGUGGAAGAGAAGGAUAUUGUUGAAAUUGUAAAGCAGUUCAAUCGCUUAGAUACUGAUAAUUGUGGAAAGAUCACUUUAUCACUUCUAAGCAGUCAUUGAGCUAGAAUAUCAUUCCAUUCUACAGAAUUAUGAAGGUAUUUUUUCAUUGUGGCUGGUACAAAGGUGGUGUCAUCCUGUGUAUUAUAUCAUGUUUAAUCCAUUGUUCUAUCAUUUUGAAGAUGACUGUACUAUACCCAUAUCAAUGAAAUCAGAUAUGUCAAGUGCAAUUUUUAAGGUGUUCA